AUGGCCGUCUUCCUUCCUUCUUCUCAUACUAUAUUUCUUGCACUCCUUUUCUUUUCCAUCACCCUUGUUACAGCUCAAUCGCCAACCAACAACAGUGGAACAAACUUCUCAUGCCCUGCAGAUUCACCACCUUCCUGUGAAACGUAUGUAUCAUACUAUGCACAGUCUCCAAAUUAUCUGAGUCUAGUGAACAUAUCUGAUGUAUUUGGGAUCAGUCCUUUGUCCAUUGCAAGGGCUGGUAACUUAUCAGAAGAAGAAAAUAAGUUGAUUCCAGGCCAGCUCUUACUGGUUCCUGUGACUUGUGGUUGUACUGGAAACCGCUCUUUCGCCAAUAUAACCUACGAGAUCAAGCCGGGUGAUAGCUACUACUUUGUUUCAACCAGUGCAUUUGAGAAUCUCACGAAUUGGCAUGUAGCGCGAGAGUUUAACCCUGGUUUGAAUCCAGUUAUUUUGCCGAUAGGCACCAAAGUGGUCUUCCCUUUGUUCUGCAGGUGCCCUUCAAGAAGCCAUUUGGCCAAAGGCAUAAAGUUUUUGAUAACGUAUGUUUGGCAACCUAGUGACAAUGUUUCUGUCGUUGGUACCAUGUUUAAUGCAUCUGAGAUGGACAUAAGGACAGAAAACAAAUACCAGAACUUUAACUCUGCAGCCAACCUUCCAGUUUUGAUCCCAGUGUCGGAGCUUCCAGAUGUUUCUCGAUUUCAUUCAUUACCAAAGAGAAAGGGAAACAACCAUCGUCUUUUGGUUAUCGUAGGUACUAUAUUGGGAUGCACUUGUCUGACUGUUCUUGUAACUUUUUUACUGGUCUAUGUUUGUUGUCUAAGAAAGAAAAAGAUUAGUUUGAAAAAGAGUGCUUCAUUUUUGGAGACAGCAGAUAAGCUACUUUCUGGGGUCUCAGGUUAUGUAAGCAAGCCAACCAUGUACGAGUUUAAUGUAAUUAUGGAAGCAACCAUGAAUCUUAAUCAACAGUGCAGGAUUGGGGGAUCAGUGUAUAAGGCCAAAAUUGACGGGCAAGUCUUAGCAGUAAAGAAAGUGAAGGAAGAUGUCAUGGAGGAACUGAAGAUUCUGCAAAAGGUGAAUCAUGCGAAUCUGGUGAAAUUAAUGGGCUUCUCAUCAGACGACAAUGUCGGAAAUUGCUUCUUGGUUUAUGAAUAUGCUGAAAAUGGAUCUCUUGAUAAUUGGCUGUAUUCCAUGUCUGCUUCAGACUCUUCUUCUGGUUCUGUGUCAUUUCUCACAUGGAGCCAAAGGAUUUGCAUUGCCCUAGACGUGGCCAUGGGUUUGCAAUACCUUCAUGAGCACACCCAACCAAGAAUAGUCCACAGGGACAUCAGAACAAGUAACAUAGUUCUGGAUUCAAGUUUCAAGGCGAAGAUAGCGAACUUCUCAAUGGCAAGAACUUCUACGAACCCAAUGAUGCUAAAAACAGAUGUUUUUGCUUUUGGGGUUGUUUUGUUGGAUUUGCUGACAGGGAAGAAAAGCAUGAUGACAAAUGAAAGAGGCGAGGUAGUGAUGCUGUGGAAGGACAUGAGAGGGAUCAUUGAUGGAGAAGAUGAGAAGAAGAAAGAGGAGAGACUGAGAAGAUGGAUGGAUCCUAAGCUGGGAAGCUUCUAUGCCAUUGAUGAUGCUCUGAGCUUGGUUUCCUUGGCUGUGACUUGCACUGCAGAUAAACCUUUGUCCAGACCAACCAUGGCAGAAGUCGUUCUUAGCCUGUCGUUUCUGAGUCAAUCAUGUGCUGGCGUGAAGGUAGAACCAUGGACUUCUGCUGGUGGGUUAGAUGCAGAAGUUCCUCAAACGAUAAGUCCCAUCGCAGCUCGAUGA